AAACAAACCUAACCUUUUCUUCUCUCAUCCAGCCUUCAUUGUUUUUUUUUGGGACUAAUUUGUUUCCCAUUAACUAUUUAAUUCUUUCUCCACAUUCAAUUUCUUGAGAAAAAAAAAUGAAAUUCUUCAUUUGUAUUCUUGUGUUACAACAACUUUAUGUGCAAAGUGUCGCCCUUGAUUUCGAUUUUUUCUACUUUGUUUUACAGUGGCCUGGAGCGUAUUGUGAUUCAAGACAACAUUGUUGCUAUCCAAAAACCGGAAAACCAGCUGCGGAUUUUGGAAUUCACGGUCUUUGGCCUAACUACAAAACUGGUGGAUGGCCACAGAACUGUAAUCCUGAUAGCGAAUUUGAUGAAUCACGGGUGUCUGACCUGAUGAGCAAUCUACAAAAAGAAUGGCCAACAUUAUCGUGCCCGAGCAAUGAUGGUGUGAAGUUUUGGACACACGAGUGGGAGAAACACGGCACGUGCGCCGAGUCUGAGCUCGACCAACACGAUUACUUCGAAGCCGGUCUCAAACUCAAACAGAAAGCUAAUCUCCUUCAUGUCCUCACCAAUGCUGGGAUCAAACCGGAUGAUAAAUUUUACGAAAUAAAUGAUAUUGAGAAAACGAUCAAAGAAGCAAUUGGAUUUGCUCCGGGGAUAGAAUGUAACAAAGAUUCAUCGCAUAAUAGUCAACUCUAUCAGAUUUAUCUCUGUGUUGACACUUCGGCCUCCAACUUCAUCAACUGUCCUGUUAUGCCACAUGGUCGAUGUGAUUCUCGAGUUCAAUUUCCCAAGUUCUAAAUUUUACGGCUAAUUUUUAUUUCUAUUUUAAUCUACAGAACAACAUCCUUAAUGAUUUUUAUUUAUUUUUCGUGCAACUUUCAAUUGUAAUAAUUAAUAAACAUUAGAGAAUAUAAUCGCAUAAUCCUCUUGAUUUGCUUAGUUAAAAC